GAGACCUGCACACACAGUCAGUCUCCGACAAGCUUCAAGAGGAGGAGAUCCUAGAAGCCGCCUGUGUUUGGAGUAUAACGGGACUUUAACGCCUUCGGUUUGCUGAGCAGGAUCUUCAGAGGGCAGGAUGGAAAACACGUGCGAGGUGUGGAAACGGUGAGAAGAAUAUUGAGUAGAGACGGCUCAGACUUCGCCUGAUGCCUCGAAACACACUGACCCUUGACCCUGCGAUGCCCGCCGAGCUUGUGAAAGACACCAUGACGAUCCCCGGAGCUCCCGAGCGAAUCCUGGCCGAGAAAACCAACAACAACGAGCCACCGGCGGCCGUCACCGUUCCUCUGGUCAACGAGGUGCAGUUGACGGCGGCCACCGGGGGAGCCGAGCUCUCCUGCUACCGGUGCACCGUCCCGUUCGGCGUGGUGGUCCUGAUCGCCGGGAUCGUGGUGACCGCCGUGGCCUACAGCUUCAACUCUCACGGCUCCACCAUAUCCUACUUCGGACUGGUGCUGCUCUCGGCCGGGCUGGUGCUGCUCGCCUUGAGCGCCGUCUGCUGGAAGGUGCGGAUGGAGAGAAAGAAGGAAAGGAGAAGAGAGAGUCAGACAGCCCUGAUGGCCCAUCAGAGGAGCAUCUUCGCCUGAUUUCCACACAAGCACGGACUCCAAAAACCAGUCAAAACGUCGUUACACUCACAUUUUGGGACAAUGUCCAGAUGUUUUGCCCCCAGUUCAGAGCAGCCGAGUGCUCUCGGAGAAAAAAACCGGAUGA